UGGAAGGCCAUCUGGAGGGAGCUAAAAGCGAGUGGGUGGACACACAAACUGCCCCCCGCUAGCUCGAUCGAGACACGGUGGAAAUUCAUCCCACCAGGCGGGAGCGCGGCUGGCACGGAGGGCAAGGACUACUUCUUGGGCGAGAACGCGGUUCUCGCCCACUAC